ACAUGUUUGACUGUUCAUAACUGAAUAAAUAUGCGUGUCCCUCACACAAUUCCAUGCAACACCUAUCAGGUGUAUCAUCCUUCUGAUACGACAGAGAAUCUCCAAGGAGAAGUAAAUCGCACACUUCGAUCAGAAGAUGUCACAUGGGAUAAAAAUAUUCCUUCAACCCUGGUUACUCUGUGUGUUCAGAGUCUUGUAUCUAACUUUAAAGACAAGCAGGCUCUUCAGUUGCUGCCAGAUGAGGAUCGGUGUCUGCUUUUGGAAACACUCCCCAUUGACCUUCCGCUGAUCAUAACAGUGCCACUGCUUGAAGAUGGGAUCUACUGGAAAAGAUGCAGCCAGAUUCGAUGGCAGAGUUUGAAUGAUGUGCGUGAUUAUGAAGGUUCUUGGAAACGUCUUUACCUGGAGCGACACUUGCAGGAAUAUAUAGAAAAUCUAGCUCCAGAGGACUUUGUGCAUUCAGAAGUAGAGAGUCUGGUACACUUGUGUUCCUCAUAUGUGAAGCGACUCAACAUUUUGCAGUUACAGGCCCCACAACCACCCACGUUUUUAGGGAGUAAUGGUUAUGAGUGGCCCACUGAAAUUGUGUCUGUUGACCACAUAAACCUUGAACCAUUCAUAAAGGGACUGGUUUGUCUUGAGGAACUGCACAUCAUGUUUGGAGUCCGUCAAUGUGGUAUGAACUUUGCUUGGAUCUUAUUUAAGUUCUCAGCAAUGGACUGCUUAAAUAUUGGAAUGGGAUUGAAUUCAGCAAAAUGCAUGAAGACGUUAAGAAUCCAUCGGAGUACAUUGGAUGACACCUUGGUUACCAUUCUGUUGCAGCAUAUGGUAAAGAACACAACCAUUACAAGGGUGGAUUUCUCACAUUGCAAUAUUGGUGAUAAUGGUGCUCUGGCUAUAGGAAAACUGUUAAUUUUCCAGCCAACAUUAAAGGAACUGGUCUUAUGCAACAAUAAAAUAGGUGCUGCUGGAGCCAGUGGUCUAGCCUCUGCACUAACACAUAGAAGUUCACCACUGAAAUUGCUGGAUCUUCGAUUAAAUGUCAUUGGUAACCAGGGGGUGACAGACCUGUGUUCUGUCCUGACAAACAGUGAACAUUUACAAGCACUGAUCCUGGUCAGUUGUGGGUUUACAGAACAGGCAGCUAUCAAGAUUGGUCAUAUGUUGCAACAGAAUACCAGCCUUCAGGCACUGGAUGUUAGCAACAAUUACUUAGGGGAGGUUGGAGGUGAAGCCCUUUCCCUGGGUAUAAAAGAUAAUACAACUCUCUUGAAACUAGAUCAUCGAAUGACUGGGAUUACAAAGGAAUGUGAAUCUUCAAUAAAUAUGUCAUUAAAACAUAACAUUGAUAGGUACAAAAGGAAACAACGGGAGCUAGCAGAGGCAACAGGAAAUAAUGAUGAAGAAUAGGAGGAACAUCUUGCAUGGUGAGAAGAAACAGUAGCACUUUGAAUGAUAGUUGAAAUAAAUGGAAGGAAAUUCAGCACCUUAAUAUUUAGUGAUGUUGCAGUGUGUUGUUAGUCUAAUACUAGGAAUUCUGUGUUCAGCAUUUUCAAGCAGUCCUAUUGUGUAACAUAUUGAAAGUCUGUGGUUUUAUGUAUGAAUAUGUUUCAAAGCUGUAUUUUGUAAAUUAAUGUAUUGAAACAGUUUCGAACUAUGUUCAUUCUGUAUUGUGCUGUCAGGCUUUUUAUUAAUCUGCUCCAGAGGCCAAAGCAAAUAAUGAUGAAGAAUAGAAGGAACAUCUUGCAUGGUGAGAAGAAACAGUUACAUAUUAACUCUCCAUAAAUGCAAAAUGUACAAAAGGUGAAAGUUUGUAUAGUUAUUUUCAGUGUUUGCAGUUUGUCAUCUGCAUGAAAUCCUACAGCCGUGUAUUUGAUCUAAGACCCUGUCAAAUUGCAUGACUCACUAGAAACUAACUAUGACACAUAGCUAACACAGGUCACAAUACAUGAUUAUGGAAAAAUGAUACUGACAGACUGGUGAUAGGCUGAUCCCCUGUCAAAGGAUACUAUUAUAAUUUAUAAUGUACUCAUUGUUUUAGAAAUAGUUCUUAAAUAGAGUAGGUCUGAGGGCUUAAUCAGUGAUAGCUGUGGAAAAUGAUACUGACUCAAUAAUUGAUUCUGUCAAUAAAUCAAGGAAUGUAGGAA